GGAUCGGAUCCUAACCAACUGUGCUGCCCGCCUGCCCCCACCGUGAAACACUCGAACCCGGCCGUUCCCCGCCGCCGACCGCCGUGGCCGUGGCCGUGGGCGAGACACCUCCGAUGCCGUACCGCGACUGGGCCAACCUGCCGGAGCUGCCACUGGCGGAGGUGCUGCGGGGCCUCCUUCCCUGCAUCCGGUCGCUCUACGCCUUUGCGGGGACGUGCCAUCCCUGGCGAAGCCUGCUCCGCGCCUCCGCCGCCGAUCUCAUCCGCCCCCGCGUCCCGCCGCUCCUCCUCCUCUGCCCCGACUUCCGCCUGGUGCCCUUCUCCCCGCUCGUCGCCCCCCAGUCCCUCUCCUACCCCAUCCCCGCCCCGGCGGACGGCGCCACGCUCCUCUCCGUCUCACGCGGCCACCUCAUCCUCCUCCACCGGGGCGUCUUUAAUAGCCUACACCUCGUCGAUGCCCUCACCGGUGCCGAGCGCCGCGCGCUCCAGCUCCCUUCCCCGCACUUCCCCUAUCACUACGCCGCGCUCGCGCCCUCCCACCUCCUGCUCUUCCACUCCAUGCACGCCUUCUUCUCGCUCCCCUUCCCCGAGCAUCCAAUCCCCAACAACAACAACGCCCGCCCCAACUGGACCAAGCACGCCCUCCCCCGCGCCGCCUCCAUCGUCACAACCGUCCUCGAAUUCCGUGGGCGCGUCCUCGGUCUGACCGACCGCGCGCAGAUACUGGAGUUCCACCUUGGUGGCGCCCCUUCGAACCAGGCCGUCCAAUUGCUGCCAACCACCGGCCUCCCGGACGCCACCACAUUCGACAGAUUGCGAUUCGGGCCGCAUUUGGUUGCUGCCGGGGAUCGGCUGCUGCUGGUGCUCUUCAUGCUUGAAGCAAAUUUGGGCCCUGUGGUGUUCCGUGUACCUAGGGUGAACAAGGUCGGUGUGUACGCUCUUGAUUUGGUCCACAUGAUGUGGGAGGAAGUGGACAACAUUGGGGCUUACACCUUGUUCGUGGACAUUGCCGGGAGGAGCACCGUGGCUUGUGUGGACGUGGGGAACUGCGGAGUGGAGGAGAACCGAGUUUAUGUUGGCGUGCCCAACUGCCGUGCCUGGAGGAGGCCACUACCACCAGGGUGGGAGGCAACACCCAACGGUGAAGGGUUUGGACUGAACUCCAGGGUGACAUUGGCACGCCGACCAUUGCCAUCGCCGAUAUCGGUUCAUCCACCUCUUUUCUUUUGAUGAUUGUAGCGAAAUAAGUCACAAUUUCUACCUGGAACAGCCGUCUACAUUCAGUUGCUUACUGUAAUGUCACUACUGAGCCUAUUGUCACUUCGUAGUAUCUCAUAUGGACAUACUCGCAUUGUACGGAUUAAUCAUGCUAUUGAUGUGAAUGUUUGUGCU